AUGCCCAAAAAGGCUCCUACUUGUGUUAAUGGGGGGUCUUUAUUUGCUGUUGCAUGUUCACCUUCAUCACCUUUUGUAGGUAAAGUUGGAAUGCAAAGAAGAGAAGGAAAUUAUUCAUUGCUUUCGUUUGGUGUGAAGUCUGUGGACACCAAGGGUAUUGUAACGGAAAUGGGGGCAAAGGUUGAUGCUUCACAAGAUUUAUCUGCAAUGCUACCAUUUGUGGUGGCUCUUACUGCUGUUGCUGCUCUUUCUCACCCUUCAACUUUCACUUGGGUGUCAAAGGAAUUAUAUGCUCCAGCACUUGGAGGUAUAAUGUUUUCUAUUGGAAUUAAACUCUCCUUUGAUGAUUUUGCUCUUGCAUAUAAAAGACCUGUGCCAUUAUCUGUCGGCUUUAUUGCACAGUAUGUGCUGAAACCGGCACUUGGGGUGUUUGUAGCACGCUCAUUUGAGAUGUCACCGGUGUUCUAUGCAGGUUUUGUUCUCAUGUCUUGUGUUGCAGGAGCUCAGCUAUCGAGCUACGCCAGUUUCUUGAGCAAAGGAGAUGUGGCAUUGAGCAUUCUCUUGACCAGCUCGACUACCAUUGCAUCUGUUCUUGUUACUCCUUUCUUAACAGGCCUUCUCAUUGGCUCUUUCAUUCCAGUCGAUGCAGUAGCUAUGGCAAAAUCAAUUUUACAGGUUUUAUUAAACGAAAAUAGAUCUGAUACGUGGUUAAUUUACUUUGUUUUGCUGUUGAAUUUUCUGUUUUACCAGGUGGUUCUUGCUCCAGUGACUCUUGGCUUAGUGCUGAACGCUUAUGCCAAACCAGUUGUAUCUGUUAUACAACCUGUGAUGCCAUUGGCUGCAAUGUUUUGUACCUCAAUGUGCAUUGGAAGCCCUCUUGCUAUAAAUAGGAGCCAAAUUCUUUCUGCUGAGGGUCUAAGAUUGGUCUGCCCUGUAUUGUCUUUUCAUGUCGUGGCAUUCAUCUUGGGCUAUUGGUUCUCAAAAAUUCCCCCUUUGAGGUAG